CACGGCGCUAAUUUGGAUAGUUUAGUAAUCAGAAAUCCCCCUGGGAAUAAAUCCAUGUCCUUACGUACGUUUGGACGACGGAGAGUCAAGCAUUUGGAAAACAUGGAUACAACCUUGGAGUACAGUUUUCAUGACUUGUUGGAAGCAUAAAAGCGGGUUCCGGUGGCGAUAUUUUUCUGUCAGGAAGUUUGACGUAUUCGGUUAAAGAUUAUUUCUUGCUUUGUUUUGGUUGGUGAAAGUUGUGGACUGUGGUUGGUUAUAGACUUCGUGCGACAACUCUGUGACUGCGACGCUGAUAAAAGACUGUGUUCUCUUGACAUAAAAGUUUGGUUUUCAUGUGAAUGCUCCAGGAACCUUAGUUUAAGAGUCCGACGCUGUGCGAAGUCUAAACAUCGUUGGAGUUUAUCCAACUUCGCGUCACAUAACGAAUCAACUUUCUUUGUGUAACAAACCUACAUAGGUAGUGAUUAUUUUCUGCCAAUGUCAUUUUGGUCGUCUUUUGCUGCAAGUCUGAAGUCUGAAUUAUGUCGCUCUCUGAAUCAAAUUCCUCUGUACUUUUGUUAUAGGUCAGACAUAGGCCUUUCGUAUAUGAUUAUGUUUAGAUCCGAACUCAUGUUGCAAUGCGAUGCAGUUAUAUCCAGUGCAAUUAUAAAAGUAAAGAUCUUUCCAGUCUAGAAUAUUUUGGUCUCAAACCUGGCAACACAGAGGGAAAAUCUGCAAACUUAGCAGGAAGAGAGGCCAUCAAAAUCACGGAAAUCGUACGGUCUUUUCCUCUGGCGACCUGUUACUCACAAAUGGAUUUCAUACAAGCCAUACGGUUAUUGUUACACCUUGUUUGGUAGUUUUCUGGCCACAUUUAACACUGUUAUUGGAUACAUCUCUGUGUCCCACGAGCCUGAAGCGCUGACGUCUAACGUGACUUCUGAAAAUGUUUUGGAAAUUUGAGUUUUCCAAAGACCCGAGGCUGCAGCGGAGCAGAAGUUUGUCUUUGUGCCACAGCUGGAGCGGUCUGAUGUAGGCUUUUCCAUCGGAACAUUUUCUGUGCAGAACUCACAGCUGUUUGAUGUGACCCUGUUUGUUUUCACAACCUGGAAGUAUCCGUUUGUGUGUUUGCUCCAACUUUCCGUUGAAGAAGACGAGUCCCCGUUACCUGGGGGGGUCAGCCCCGCCAUGGUGCCCUCAAACACACACACACUCACCGGUGUGUCGGUCUGACUGAGGACACCGAUGGGCAUGAGCAACGGGUGGACCGACUGCGUCAUCUCUGCCGCGAGACACCGGUGACCGGAGUCGGCUCCCUGCGGGAUAAGCCUGGUCCUGUCCUUACCGAGGUCGUCAAGGCGACAGGCCGUGGCACAGCAGACACGAGUUUUCUGAAGACUGGCUUUGUAGACCACGUACGCAACGUCGCCACAAUGAAUGAGAGACAGGCUCUCCACUCCAUAAUGAAGGACCUGGUUGCCCUUCAGAUGACGCGGCGCCAGCCUGUGUUGUCAUAUGACAACAGCAAACCCAAGACACCGGCUCAGACCAACAGACAGGACGAUGUCAGGAUAAAGUUUGAGUUCUCGGGAGAGAGAAGGAUCCUGAUGUUCGGGCGGCCUGUGCAGUUUGAGGAAAUCCAGCAGAAAGUUAAGACUGUCUUUGGGCAGCAGUUAGACCUGCAUUAUAUGAACAACGAGUUGUCCAUCCCUCUGCGAGGUCAGGACGACCUGGACAAGGCGAUCGACCUGCUGGACCGAAGCUCCAACAUGAAGAGUAUCAGGAUCCUGCUCCUCACUCAGGAGCACAGCAAUGCCUCCUCCCCCUCCCACCAUGCGCCGUGUAAACAGGUGAGGAUCAAGUCCUCCCAGUCCACCGGAGACGUCAGCACGGUGUACCAAGCCGCUGAGCCCAGAGGGCGCCACCUAUCAACCGGUUCUCAGAACACGGGGCGUAGCUCACCGCCUCCUGGCUAUGUGCCUGAGCGCCAGCAGAGGAUCGCCCGCCAAGGCUCUUACACCAGCAUAAACAGUGAGGGGGAGUUCAUCCCUGAGACCAGCGAUCAGUGUGUGCUGGAUCCCUGGAGCAGUGCAGAGAACUCAGUCUCUGGAAGUUGUCAGUCUCUGGACAGCAACUCAGACAGCCCCUCGCUGAGGAAGUCUCGCAUGCACAGAGCCAAAAGUUACCCUGAUAACCGUCAGGAGUGCUCAGACAGGGAGAAUCAUGUGUAUGACAGGGUAGCGGGAAAGGGAGGCACCUAUCCUCGUAGGUACCAUGUCUCCCUGCAUCAUAAGGACCACAGUGAAGGGCGUCGAACAUUUCCACGGAUCCGUCGCCCCCAGGGGAACCUGUUCACCCUCGUGCCUUCACGCCGGUCACUCAAUGGCAGCGAGGAGAGUCUGGGCAGCUGGCAGCUAGUCGACGCCCAGGGCAGGCUCCGCCCUCAGGAUCGCUCUGUUGCCCAUAAGUCUCCCAGCGCUCCAGUGACGUGGCGGCGCGGGAAGCUCCUGGGCCAGGGAGCGUUUGGACGGGUUUACCUGUGUUACGAUGUCGACACUGGGAGAGAGCUGGCUGCCAAGCAAGUCCACUUUGAUCCUGACAGUCCAGAGACCAGUAAGGAGGUCAGCGCUCUGGAGUGUGAAAUCCAGUUGCUGAAAAAUCUGCAUCACGAGCGCAUCGUUCAGUACUACGGCUGUCUGAGGGAUCACAAUGAGAAGACCCUCACUAUUUUCAUGGAAUACAUGCCGGGGGGAUCGGUCAAGGACCAGCUGAAGGCCUAUGGCGCCCUGACAGAAAAUGUGACCCGGAAGUACACGAGACAGAUCCUGGAGGGCAUGUCCUAUCUGCACAGCAACAUGAUCGUACACAGGGACAUCAAAGGUGCCAACAUCCUGCGGGAUUCAGCGGGCAACGUGAAGCUCGGAGAUUUCGGUGCCAGCAAGAGGCUUCAGACCAUCUGCAUGUCUGGCACCGGCAUCCGCUCAGUGACCGGCACCCCCUACUGGAUGAGCCCGGAGGUGAUCAGUGGAGAAGGCUACGGCAGGAAGGCUGAUGUCUGGAGCCUUGGUUGUACAGUGGUGGAGAUGCUGACAGAAAAGCCUCCCUGGGCUGAAUAUGAGGCCAUGGCAGCCAUAUUCAAGAUCGCCACCCAGCCCACAAACCCACUGUUACCCUCGCACACUUCUGACCAGGCACGGGACUUUAUCCGGUGCAUUUUUGUGGAGGCCAAACACAGGCCGAGUGCUGAGGAGCUGCUCAGACAUCCCUUCUCGCAGAUUCUGUGCUGAAACCUGCCUGGUUUCUGAACUUUAACCACAGAGCGGCACAGUAGCCUCAGCAGUAUCUGUAGCUUCCACAACAGAAGACCAGACGUCGAACUGGCCUGGAUGUCAGUGUUAAACCCACUGACCUUCAGCCACCGUGCAGAUGCUUCAAGGGAAGAGUCCGAGUCCACUCACACAAAUCCAAAGAAGCGACAGUUUGACAGCUGCAGUCAACGCAGUGCUUUGAAGACCAAUGCUCAUACAGCAGUCACCACCAGGGGGAAACAAAACACAGGUUAAGUAUCUGGUGGGGUGUUCAUCUCUGUCAGAUACAAACACAUAGAUGCGCCGCACUCCAAAUGCAGCAUCAUUGAGUCAGAGCUCAUGCACCGGUUGUGUCUUUAUAAAGUAUCAACUCCUGUGUUUACAUUCACUUGUUGGGCAGUUUUGAGAAAUGCCAGGAAGCUCCAAGUGUUUGACUUUUAAAUAUUUAGCUGAGCAACAUUUUAAAGCUACAGCAGGCCUAAAGCUCAAGUUUGCUCAGUGGAUGUUGAACUCCACUGGUGCACUACAGUGUUAAUUGGACAAGUUGUUCUCUCUCUUUUUUUUCCAACUUUUGCAACUUGCAACUACUUCCUGUUUCUGUUCCUGCUUUGGAACAAAGAAAACUCCACCCUUAGAGUUGUAACUCUGUUAAAAGCUAUUUAAGCUACCUGAGAUGCACUUUGCAUCUCUGGCUGCAUGUGUGUGUAGUCUCAGUAAAACACAGAUGGAGUGAUAUCACGUGGAGUUACAUGUAGAGUAGCUACACUGGAGUUUAAUGGAAAAAUAAUGUUCAGCUAUAGAAAACUUCAGUAGUGAAUGAGCUGAGUCAUGUUUUGGUUUCAUCCCCUCAGAAGACAAAGGACAUUGUUUAGCAAUCCAAGCCAAAAACACAAACUUCUCCACUGUCAGUGGUCUCAAUAGACCAUAAUGCACUGCAGCUGCUAGCUCCAGUCUGUGGCUCUCAUGUGCAGUCUUACCAUUAAAGGUACAGAUCUAAGUAUUUGUUUCUUUGAAAGAUAAUUACAAAGCGAUCUUUGAAAAGCUCAGGUCGUGUUUGACAACACUUACCAGUGCUCUGAAGGUAUUUCAAGAAUUCUUCAAGAUUUUUUUUAACCAUCUGGAUGAAAAAAUAUUCUGUCUGGUGGAUGAUUAAAAAAAAAAUAAGAGAGGG